AUGACGCCCAACAUCGCGAAAGGUCAAACCGACACCUCCAAGUUCACAGGACAAGGGCCCGAGUCCAAGGAAGCACAUCCACACAAUAACCCUGUCAUGGAGUAUAAUCCUGCUCCAGGUGCCAAGGCCGGAACACUGACAACGCAAUUCCGCUCACUACAGGCUCCGAUGUUGAGCUCCGAUGGCUCAGUCGGGAAGCAGUUCACGGCAGAUGGUGCUAUUGGUGGCACAGCUCAAAAGAUUGGAGGUCCCUUGGACCAAAAUGGAAUGAUCGGAGGAAUGUUCAAAGAGGACGGCGCGAUUGGCGGGACAGUGAACAAGAUGGCUGGUGGGAAAUCAUAA